AUGGUGGAAUGCUAUCCUAAAGCCAAGUCAUUCUUUGGAGUGGUGCAACGCAUCUACACAUUGUUUUCUUCCUCUACAAAGAGAUGGAAAAUUUUUAAAGAUAAGGUGUCUGGUUUGACUGUUAAGCCAUUGUCACAUACCCAUUGGGAAAGUCAUGCUAAAAGUGUGAAAGCCAUAAAAGAGCAAAUUGUACAUAUAAGAGAUGCUUUACUUGAUUUGGCAGAAGUUGCUGAAGAUUCUAAAACAAAGAGUGAUGUUGAGACCUUAGCCCUAUAUGAUCUUGAGAGUUUUGAGUUCUUGCUUGGAAUAGUAAUCUGGUAUAACUUGUUACAAGCAAUAAAUACCGUGAGCAAGUUUAUUCAAUCUGAAGAUAUGGAUAUUGAUAUUGCGAUCAAUCUAUUACAAGGGCUUGAUCAAUUUCUUGAUAAGUUUAGAGAAGAAGGGUUUGCUAGUUCCAUGAAUGAAGCUAAACAAAUGGCAAGUGAAAUGGGGAUUGAACCUAAAUUUCGAGAAAAACACAUCAUUCGAAGAAAGAAACAAUUUGAUGAAAGUGGCAAUAAUAAUGUGACACGAUUAGGUGAAGAGUCUUUUAGAGUUGAAUAUUUUUUAUUUAUAAUUGAUCAAGCUCGAUCUUCUCUUCAAGUUCUAUUUGAACAAUUUAAACAAUAUCAAGAGAUUUUUGGGUUUUUAUUGAAUUUGGAAAAGUUAAAGAGUGAGCCUUUAACUAGCUUGAUGAAGUCUUGUAUGAAGCUUCAACAAUUUUUGAGUCACGAUGGACGUUCAGACAUUAAUGGUGAUGAGUUGCGUUCAGAGUUGAUGGUCGUGAGAUGUUAUUUAACAAAUGAAAAAAGAGCACUUGAUAUGCUACAAUGUCUAGCAAAACUAAAUGUUUUAUUCCCAAACACUUGCAUUGCCUAUAAGAUUUUGUUAACCAUACCAAUAACAAUUGCAUCGGUAGAAAGAAGUUUCUCGAAGUUGAAGUUAAUCAAGAAUUAUCUUCGAUCAACAAUGUCACAAGAUAGACUGAAUGAGCUAGCAAAUAGCAAUGUUAUCGAUUGA